AUGAUUGUCUUAUUUAUUACAAUUUUAUUGGUCUUGUCUGCACUGAUUGUUUUCCCACCAUUGAACUUCCCAAGAAACAUUCCUACAAUACCAUUCUAUGUAUCGUUUCUUGGAGGGAUGGAUCAACUUGAAAAGUUUGAAAAAUACUUGCGCACGAAGUUAGAGAAACAUGGUGCAGUAAAGAUAUAUUUUGCUUCUAGAUGGAACAUUCUUGUUACCAAACCAGAAUACUUGGUUCACAUCUUCAAGAACGAAGAUGUAUUUGCCAAGAGUGGGAACCACAUUAAGAUACCAGGCUCCGUUUUGGCAACUUACACAGGAGAUAAUAUCAUUUCUGCUCAUGGCCAAUUAUGGAGACUAUACCGAGAUGUGAUGGCACAGAGUAUUCAGUUUCCAAAUUUGGACCCGAUAGCUGAGAAUACCAAUAACUUGAUGAAAGAUCUUGAGAAUGCCUUGAAAUUUGAUUCGUCAGUGGCAAUUACAGACUUCCUACAACAAUACUCAUUAGCAAAUGUUGGUGAUUGUAUUGUUGGCUCAAAUUUACGACCAAUGCAUCAAAAGAUCAAAUAUAUCAAACUGCAAAUUUUCAAACCUUUUUACAUGAAUUUUCCUUCGGUUGAGAUGUUGCCUAUCCCUAGCCGCAUAAGGGCCAAGCAAGAAGUUGAAAAUUUUCGUCAAUGGUUUGGAGACAAGUUGAUGGAUGCAGAUCAUGGAGCAGCUGUCAAGUUAGCCACAGCUUAUAAUGAGGGGAAGUUGACGCAAAAACAGUAUUUAGAUAACUGCAUCAUUUUGAUGGUUGCAGGACACGAGAAUCCACUUUUGCUUAUGCUUUCCUUGUUGUAUGUUUUGGCUAAGAAUCCUUAUAUGCAGGACAAGAUUCGCUGCAACAAAGAAAUAGAAGAACAUGGCAAAGAAGAAGGGGGAAGAGUAGUAGAAGAAGAAGGAGAAGAAGGAGAAGAAGAAGAAGGAGAAGAAGAAGAAGAAGAAGAAGAAGAAGAAGAAGAAGAAGAAGAAGAAAAAUCACCUGAGCUAUACUUGUCCGCAGUAAUUUAUGAAACAUUAAGGAUGUAUCCUCCUUUGAAUCAAAUUAUUAAUCGGUGCACUACUAAAGAUACCAUGUUGGGAAAUAUACGAAUUCCUAAAGGAACAUAUGUUGGCUAUUAUAAUAUGGGAACUGGAAGAGAUAAGACCGUUUGGGAAUCUCCAGACACGUUUUGGCCCGAGAGAUGGGGUAAUACAAUUGAGGAAGUUCAUGCCAACUACACAAGGGCUAAAAGAUUAGGGCAUCUACCUGCAUUCCAUGGCAGGAAAAGAGCUUGCUUAGGUGAGAAAUUUGCUUUGUAUCAGUGUAAGGCAAUGGUGCAAGCUAUUUUAGGAAAGUACAAGAUUUCCUUGGAUGAGGAUUGGGAGGAAAGAAUAACACCAGCCGGACCUGUGUGUCCAAUGAAUAUGAAGUUGAGAUUUAGUAAAAUCUAG